CCGCCCCCCUCCCCGUUCCCUCCCCGCCCGGCAGCUCUCGUGCGCCCAGCCCAGCGGAGCAGCGCCGCGCUCCCACCGCCUCUUCCCCGCGGCCAUGGAGCAGCAUUGAUACAAGAAGGCGCGAGAGCUUUCCUCGCCCCCCCCCCCCAAGAAGGAAAGAAAAGCGGGGACUUCUACGCCUCCCUCUCCUCUCUUCUUUUUGGCCACUUUCUGCUGGGGAUUUAAACGUAUUUAUAUCUCAUCUAAAUAUUUACUUUAUUUUUUUUUCCACCAUCCCUUGUCUUUAGGAUUAUAAUCCCGACCUUAUUCCUGCCAUGGAGGAAAGCGGGGUGCCUCGGAGCAUCUGGGACGGAGACGCCAAAGCCGUUCAGCAAUGCCUGACGGACAUUUUCACCAGCGUGUACACCACCUGCGACAUCCCGGAGAAUGCCAUUUUUGGUCCCUGCGUGCUCAGCCACACCUCGCUCUACGACAGCAUCGCUUUUGUCGCGCUCAAGUCCACCGACAAGAGGACCGUUCCCUAUAUAUUCCGGGUGGACACCUCGGCGGCCAACGGCUCCUCCGAAGGCUUGAUGUGGCUUCGCCUUGUCCAGUCCGCUCGGGACAAAGAGGAGCAGAACCUGGAAGCCUACAUCAAGAACGGACAGUUGUUUUACCGCUCCCUGCGGAGAAUUGCCAAAGACGAGGAGUUGCUGGUGUGGUACGGGAAGGAGCUGACCGAGCUGUUGCUGCUGAGCCCCGUGAGGUCCCAGAGCAAAGUGAAGGGUUCGUCCCCGCACACCUGCCUGGAGUGUGGCCAGCGUUUCCAAUUCGAGUUCCCGUACGUGGCGCACCUGCGGUUCCGCUGCCCCAAGAGGCUGCACGGGGCGGACAGCAGCCCAGCCGACGACCCCAGCCCCAAGGAUGGCAGCCCCAAGGAGCACGAGAGCGCCAGUAAGUUCCACGGCAAGCCCAUUGGGGGCCAGCCUCAGAUCCAGCCCCCCGCGUCCCCCCACCGCCACCACUACCACUGUGCCCAGGACGGCAACAGCCCGAGCAACGGCGGUGUGACCAAGCCGUCCACGGACUUCCACAACCUGGCCAGAGAGCUGGAGAACUCGCGAGCGAGCAGCGGUAGCGGCUCUCCCAGCAGCCGGGAGCAGCCGGCGGCCGGUCCGGACGGCCAUCCCAGCCCCGGUGGCAAAGCGAAGCGGAAAUACUCCGGAGGAGACGCGCUGGCCGAAGAGCGAGGCGCGGCGAGCGUCAGGGGGCGCUUGGAGAGGCCCGUCCCCUCGUCGCCCAAGGAAGAGCUGGUGUGCACCCCGCAGCAGCAGUACCGACCGGCCGGCAGCUACUUCGGCUUGGAAGAGAGCAGCCGCCUCUACGGCCCUCCCAGCCCCGAGACGGGCGAAGCCAAGAGAAGCGCCUUCGUGGAGGUGAAGAAGGCCUCCCGAGGCGUGGACGGCGGCGACGAGGAGAAAGAGCGCGACUCCCCGGCAGGCGGCGGCGGCGCGGACAAGCCGCCUCCGCCCUCGCUUCUGGGCGCGCGCUCGGGGGGCAGCGCCUUCUCCACAGUGCCCUCCUCGCAGCCCUCCAGCGCGGGCAGCCCCGAGGAGCGGAAGAGCGCCUUCUCGCAGCCAGCGCGGUCCACCUUCUCGGCCGCCGCCUCGGCUCACGCGACGCAGCUGGUGCUGGGACAGAAGCUGAGCGCGCUGGUGGAAGCGGGCUGCCACGCGGGCGCGGAGGGGGGAGCGCGCCUUUACGCACCGGACCCGCUCGCCGUCAAGCUGCCCAGCGCGCCCGGAGAGCUCGGCAGCGGGGGGGCCGCAGGGGGCGGCGGCGGCGGGGGAACCGGGGGAGGCGGCGGCGGGGGGGCCGGGUCGGGCGGCGGCGGCGGGCUGCCCAAGCAGAGCCCCUUCCUCUACGCCACCACCUUCUGGCCCAAGAGCUCGGCGGCGGCCGUGGCGGCGGCGGCGCCCCUUCAGCUGCAGCUGCCCUCGGCGCUCACGUUGCUGCCGCCCUCCUUCACCUCGCUGUGCCUGCCGGCGCAGAACUGGUGCGCCAAGUGCAACGCCUCUUUCCGCAUGACCUCUGACCUCGUGUACCACAUGCGCUCCCACCACAAAAAGGAGUACGCGCUGGAGCCCCUGGUGAAGCGGCGGCGGGAGGAAAAGCUGAAGUGCCCCAUUUGCAACGAGUCCUUCCGCGAGCGCCACCACCUCUCCCGGCACAUGACGUCGCACAACUGAGGCAGGGCCCCGCGCCGC